AUGAUCAAUGCACGCAAGCAGAGAGUGCUGGCUAUUGCCGCACUGUGCUUCAUGAUCAUUCUGUUUGUGUCUGUGACCAAUACCGGCGAGAAGAAGCCACAGCUGCUUGCUGGAGAGCGGUCCUAUUCUCCCACGCCGGGCAACAAUAAGCUGGCCCAGGCUGGAGGAAACGUGAACCAGCUGGUCAAGGACAAGUCAGGGGUGAUUGACGAGUCGAAGGUGAAACAGGCAGAGGAGUUUUCCAACAUAAAGCCUCCUGUGAAGGCUCCUAGCGGCGAUUCGUCGCAGAAGAAGAUCACAGCAGACACAUCGAAGAAAGCCGGAUCGGCCAAAGAGAAUUUGGCCAUCAAAGAUCAAAAGGGUACCUCAGACACGAAGGAACAGAAGGCGGCCGAUUCUAAGGAUCCACUUGGAAACAGCGUCGCCAAAGACGAAGCCAAAGCGGACAUCCAGCGUUCCAACAUAGACUCUAAAAAACUGGUUGAUUCGGACAUCAAGAAGGUGGCAGACACUGAGGAGAACGCCGAGUUCGACGCAGCCAAGGAGUUCAAGGAAAUCCUCAGUCUUUCGCCUGUGGCUAUUUUCUCCAAGUCAUACUGUCCCUACUCGAAAAAACUCAAGGAUCUGCUGCAAACAGGCUACGACAUCACUCCUCAGCCCACCGUUGUUGAGCUGGAUCUCCACAAGCACGGCAAGGAGCUUCAGGACUACAUUGCCUCGGUGUCAGGCAGAAGAACCGUGCCGAACCUUUUUGUCAACGGCGUCAGCCGUGGUGGCUCGGACGAAAUGAGCGCUUUGCAUGCAGACAACAGGCUACUCGACGAGCUCGCUGCCUGGGGAGGUUCAAAGAUCAAGGUCGAGAAGAUUAAUAGGCCGUCGAACUCGUAA